AUGGAACGGCUGCAGGCACCGGAGCCCCUGCGUCUGGCGGGGAACGUCUCGGCAUCGUGGAAGCGUUUCAAGCAAAAAUUUGAGCUCUUCCUGCAAGCAACGGAAGUGAAGGACCAGCCGAAAAGUGAAGCUUCGAAAGCUGCACUUCUGCUGAGCAUCGCGGGUGACGAGGCGCUCGAUGUAUUCAACAAUUUCAAGGUCGAGCCGAACGAGAGCAAGGAUGACUACAAGACCUUAAUACAAAAGUUCGACGCCUACUGCUCAGAGGUGACCAACGAAGUGCAUGAAAGGUACCUGUUUCGCACGAGGACCCAAGCGGAAGGAGAACCGUUCGAAAAAUUUUUACGUGACUUAAAGAAACAAGCCUCGCAGUGCAACUUUGGAGCAUCGCACGACUCACUGGUAAGAGACCAAAUUGUCUUUGGUACCAACAACGCUAAGCUACGGGAGAAGAUGCUUCGGGAGAAAGAGCUGACGUUAUUGAAAGCGGAAAAUAUGUGCAAAAUUGCAGAGUCAGUCGCACAACAGAAUGAGGUGUGGCGCAAAGCAGACGCCUGCGUCGAUGCCAUUUCGAGGCGCACAAACGAGAGUAAGCUUGGCGGGGAACAGUUGCAGUGCAGGCGUUGUAACCGCAAGCACAGGCCGAAGCAGUGCCCAGCAUUUGGAAAGAAAUGCUAUGUGUGCCAAGGUGUCAAUCACUUUUCUAUGUGCUGUAGGAAGUCGACAGAAGUGAGUGAAGUCAACAAACUUCAAGAGAGCGAUUUUGAUGUCCUAGAUGUCUGCAGUAAAGGUGGAAAAACCAAUGAGUGGACUGUAAAUGCUCAAGUUAAUGGUCAGGGAAUUUCCUUCAAGAUAGACACGGGAUCACAAGCCAGCCUUUUGCCGUUUUCAGUCUAUCGGAAACUACCAUCAAAUGAACUACAGCCGACAAGCACAGUGCUGCGGGCGUAUAACGGCGGUGUCAUAACGUGCUUUGGGACAGUGUCGAAAAUUGUGCGUGUUGGAAAUGCACACACUCCGGUGAAAUUUUUCAUUGUAAAAAAUGGUCGCCAGCCCAUACUGGGACUAGAAGCCAGUGAGUCCUUGGGACUGGUGCACCGUACUGUGGAUGCUGUGAACGCGGCUUCUGUAUAUGGUCCUCUGAAGGAUUUCAGACAUGUCUUCGAGGGACUUGGUUGCCUGAAGCAGCCCUAUCACAUGGUCCUGAAACCUGGAGCAGUACCGGUUGUCCAGCCAGCUCGUCGUGUUCCUUUGGCCCUGGAGGAGCCUCUCAAAGAUGAACUCGAAAGAAUGGCGCGGGCUGAAAUCAUCGUGAAAGAACAGGAGCCUACUGACUGGGAGUCCGGGGACGACUUCUGGCAAGGACUACUGGCUUAUCGCUCAGCUCCACUUGAGGACGGGCGAUCUCCUGGUGAACUGUUGCAAGGGAGGCGCCUUCGAGCCAAUCUUCCCGACUUCCAUGAAGUACCCUGCACAGAGGUGAAAAAGCACUGCCAGCACGCACAAGGCAAACCAUUGCCGAAGCUUUCUCGAGGGGACGUAGUACGGCUGCGAGGAACGAGAACGUGGUCCCGGAAAGCGAGGGUAAGAGGCACGCAAGCUCCAAGGUCCUACCAGCUGGUAACCGAACAUGGGCAAGUUCUGCGGCGCAACCGCAAACACCUCAUACGAACGGAUGAGCCGUAUGAUGAGACAAGCAGCGAAGACGGGGACGACACAACCGAAACGAGCACGCCUGUCGACAACCCUCAGGUACCUGCAAUGCAUUCUUCGGCCGGAUCAACAUCGCAGGCUUCGGAAUCGUCCCGAACGACUGAUGGGGCACAACAGUGCCCAGCCAACACAGAAGGAAGGCCAACACCGGAUUCGGUGCUGACCCCAGCUCCGAGAAGAUGGUCCCGGAACACUAGACCGCCGCAACGCCUUCGUUAUGACGAGGCAUUUAACCAAAUUGCUUAA